AUGACCCCUUCCUGCCCUAACUGGCUUCGCGUAGUCCUCCUCGGCCUCGAGAUUACGGUGUUUUUGCCUCAACUCUGGCGCAUCUGGACCCAGAAGGCGAGCACUGGCCUCUCCAUUCUCUACAUCUUUUUCAAUCUCCUCAGUGCCACCGAACGUUUUACCGUAGGUUUCUUAACAGCCGUCAACCUCACCAUCGCUGGCGCCGAUCCGCCAGGCGUUUUCGCCCAUACUCCGAGAACAAUCGGAGACUGUCUGAACCUGGUGCAGCUGGGUGUCGAUUGGGUGCUGCUCUUGCUCCUCUUCGUUCUAUGUCUCACCUAUCCCCCUCCCCACUAUCCCUACCCUAGUCAGGCACUCAUCCUUGUCGCCAUCCUGUACACGGCGUUCACCCUUUUCUCCAUCAUCCCGACCUUCAUCGACGCCCUCUUCCCCUCCAUCUUCCAUGAACCCGGUGAAAAUCAAAUCGACUUCGGCGUGGCGAUAUUUAUAGGGUUCCAUCUCUACUACCUGAAUACCAUAUUUACCCUUCUCAGCAUCUGUUCGUUUAUUCCCCAGGCCAUCCAAUUACGCUCGUCGUUGUUGGGUUCAGGCGUGGUGAGUGUCCGGGACUGGGCUCUUCAAGCGGUAGUAUUGGCGAUGCUAGCUGUGUCGUGGCUGUUUCGACUGAAACUCCCGAGCGGGGUCGAUGUCUUGACGCCGUUCCGAUCCAUUCUUUGGAAUAAUUAA